GAAAAAAAAUGUCCGGGGUGAUAAAACAACAUUGGAUCCGAAUGAUCCUUCUCACCACUAACCUCUUCCUGCGCAGGUCGUUUCGCUUGUAUUGAGACCAUCCUCACGGCUCAACUGACACAAUGGCAUCCAAACACCCAGCUUCAUCCUUGCAGCAAUGCCUGCGCACAUUCUCAGCUUCUCGAAGGGCAGCUAGCUCCUCAUCCAGAACCAUCCGCGGAAGCCCGCAGCAGAGACGUCUUCUCGCCUCGACACAACCCCAGUCCCAAUCACUUUCCCCCAGGUCCCAGGCCUGUGGUCCCCUGAUGCCCCGCCUCCGACAGCCAAAGCGACACUUCACCACCACCUUGGUCGCCCGCAAGGAAGAACCCUCCUCGUCCCCCUCCACCUCCACCUCCGCCCCGGCCGCGGAACCGCAAUCGACGCUCUACACCUUCGCAGACAUGCAGACCCUCGCGUCCCGUCCAGCCCCGAACCGGGUGAUCGUCGACGUCCGCGAACCCUCCGAGUUGAAGGCCACGGGCAAGAUCCCCGGCGCGCACAACCUGCCCAUCAAGUCCGCGGCCGACGGCUUCUUCCUGGGCCCCGAGGAGUUCGAGGAGCGGUUCGGCUGGGAGAAACCGUCGCCGGAGGAUGAGGUGAUAUUCUACUGCAAGGCCGGGGUGAGGAGUCGCGCGGCGGCGCGGUUGGCUGGGCAGGCCGCGUUCGGGGGUAAGAUCGGCGAGUUUCCCGGGAGCUGGACUGAAUGGGCUGAGAAAGGUGGAGAGGUGGAAAAGGUGUAACCAGGGUGACCGGGUCGGGACACUGGGGUGUUCCACGGCAGUGCAUAUGUAUGCUGCCGGCUGCAGGGCCGAAUGAAGACGAGGCACGAACUCGGUCGGUCUAGGCACCCUCAACGAUGUACAGUCGAUAUGCUGAGAGCCUGCACAGACAGGCAAGCGGCCUUCAUGAAUGAUGGAGCGAUAACCACAAUGUACAAGCAGCAAUUGCUAUCCUUCGUUGGCCACCUUCAGAGCCUCACGCUCCGAGUGACGAGUGAAGCAACAUCUCCAUGUCAACAGCCCCUUCGAUCUCGCCCUGGACAUCGGGUGACUGCCCAAUCUCCAAGCCCUCCAUGUCUCUCGCCAGUUUUCCCGGGGGACUCGUCUCAGGGAUGAAAUCCAUGUCUUCCCCAGGGUCUCGGUCGCCGUGGUCCCCACUAUUUUCACUCUGCUCCAUUCCCGCGCCGAACGCCUCCUCCCGUCUCCUAUCCACAAGCCACUGUUCCAUUUUCUCCUCUGUACGAUUCACAGCCAGCAACAAGGCCUUGACACUCAAACAAGCUCCCUCGGCCGCUUCCUGGUGGAACACCUUCACAACGGCACUCUCUGCCGCCUUAUCCAGGUCGUCGACUUUGGGGUAUCGCGGGUAUCGAGACCCGGGGCGCAGAACGUCUAGACUUCGCUCGCUUUCUUCUUCCAGAGUGAUGGCCCGUCGUGCCUUUAGAGAGCAUUGGACAUGCAUGAUCCGCGCACUGAGACGAGACUGUUCUUCCACAUUGGCUUUCUCAUUCUCUGCCAGUGUCUUAGGACGCUCGGGGACGUCAUGGAGUGGGAACAUUUCGAGAAUAUCUCUCUCGAUGCCUUGAUCUGUCGCUUGAUCUGUUGGUGAGGUAUGUUUACCUGUGACCCACGUCUUCUGGUACCAGUCCAUGUACUGGUCCAGUUGCUGGUCAGUCAUGUCGAGGAUGUCACUAUCUGUAACAUGGACCUCAGAUCCUGGUUUGAGGACGUUACGGUCUUCGCCAGCUGCGAUUUGAUUGUCAAAGUUCGCUUUGGUUUCCAGCCAGGAUGGCCAAUUCAUACAUAAUGUUGCUGGAUCGUUGGGAUCUUGUGGAUAGCGCUUUACGUUCUCUGAGUCGAAUGGGAAGAGAAGCUUUGUGGCAACCACGACAAGAGACAUGAGCUGGCUCUCUGGGUAUGUUGUUGGUUGACGCCUCGUUGGAUGCGGCGAUUUUGCAGUACCAGAAUAGCAGAAGUCGUACCUGGUGAUGAUAUUGAGCCGACGAGCCAUGCUGUAGACCUCGGGUGGCAGAGCAAGUUGGCGGAUAUAGUCGAGAAGCAAG